GAACAAAUGGUGGUAUAUCUCCGUUAGGUUUAUUCGCUUCGGUUUUGGGUGGUUUUGUUAUUGGCAUAUCUGCAAUGAUAUCCAUUUAUUUUGCGGACGGAUGUAAUCGAUUAUAUAUUGAAUUGAUUCCGGUGGCUUCAAUAGCAGGAUUAAUUGGAUCGAUUAUAGAUUCAAUAUUGGGUGCUACUGUCCAAGUUUCUAUGUAUUCUGAAAAAGCGUGUAAGGUUACUUAUAGCAGGACUGAAGAAACAAAGUUAGUGAGUGGAUACGAUUUAUUGGAUAAUAAUCAGGUUAAUUUUGUGUCUUCUUUGGUAACUGCCUUAUUAACUGGAUUUAUCGUCGACUAUAUUAUCAGAUGA